UUAGUUUUUUUUCAACAUUUUUCAACCGUCUGCCGGUGCUGUUGCUUUGCUAAUUUUUUGUUUUGUAAUUAAAUUUCUAGCUCCUUUUGCUGUUGUAAAUUCUUCAAAAAGUGAUCUGAUAACGGCACCAAAUUUUAUACGAUAGAUACUAACUUAUAAAGUGAUUCCGCUUAAGUCUAGACUACCAGCAAGUUUUAAAAUCUUAACAGAGCCUCAUGCAGAACAAGAAUAUAUUUACGCGGGAAGCCUUAACCGAAAGAAACAAGUUAUUCUUACCUUCAACCCCCCAUAGUAAUCUUAUUUAGUAUAAUACAAUUCCAAAAUGACUGACGCUUUGUGCCACUUGGUCGUUGAUGGCAAUGAUGUCCUCGAGAUCAAAUUAGUGAGAUCACAAAAGGAUAUUGAAGAUGAAGACACUUCAUUUGGGCCCGAGAUGUGUCACCAAGUGUUUGGUGAGAACGAGAACAUAUUUGGUUACCAAGACUUACAAAUCCACCUCUACUACAGUGCUGGCAGUCUCCUCACAUAUCUUGGAAUAGAGUACACAGAUAAGAUUGAACCAAGUAAAUCGGAGGGGCUAACAGCUGACGAUGUGGAAGGAGCACUGCAGAAAGUGCUUGCCCCGGGCUACAUCACCAACCUUGACCGCUUCAUCUCGAUGCUGGAUAAAGAUGCUCACUUCACUCCACACGGCCGUCUCGUCCACUCCUUCACAGUUACACCUGAUGAAUGUGGCACUAAAAGAACAUUUGAGGUGUACUACAACGAGACAUCCACACCCGGCUUCCUGCAGUACCACGAGCGCCUGCAGACCUUCCUGCUGUGGUACGUGGACGCCGCCUCCUUCAUCGACGUUGACGAUGACCAGUGGACUUUCUUUACAGUAUUCGAGAAGUGGCAGUCGAGCGAGGGCGACUGGCGCUACGCGUCCGCCGCGUACGCGACGGCGUACCGCUACUACGCGUACCCGAAGCAUACCCGCCCGCGCGUGUCGCAAGUGCUCACGCUGCCGCCGUUUAGGAAGAUGGGCAUUUGCGCGCAUCUGUUACAGGCCAUCUACUCCCACUUCACGAUCCAGCCGGACGUGAUCGACAUCACGGUGGAGGACCCCUCGCAGGACUUCCAGCGCAUCCGCGACUACGUGGACGCCAGGAACUGCGCCGAGCUGCCCGCGUUCCAGCCGGAGAAGCUCGCUAAUGGCUUCACCACGGAGAUGUGGCAGUCAGCCCGCGCCCAGCUCAAGAUCAACAAGCGGCAGGCGCGGCGCGUGUACGAGAUCCUGCGACUGAGGGCCACCGACAUAUCUGAUGCUGCAGCGUACCGGGCCUACCGCCUGCAUGUGAAGAACCGACUCAACGCGCCGCACCAGAAAAGGAAACUAGAAAUGAAGAAACUGCAAAAAGUGCUAAAGCCAGAAGAGUACGCGGCUACCAUCAGUGUGGCGGGAGCGAGCGAGACGCACGACCGCCUCAAGAGCCAGUACCUCGCGCUGGAACAGGAGUACAGAAGAGUGCUGGACCGGUGGGACCGCGACUAAACCAACCUGCGCCCGCUACACGUGCUCGUUAUCGACGUCGAUAAAUUCUUUUAAUGCUGUUUCCACUAAUACAGCUUACCAUACAAUACAGCGCUGUAUUUAUAGCGAAUCGCGAUAUAGUGCCGUUUAUCUACGUCGAUAAAGAACCCGUGUAGCGGCAAAAGAUGUGUUCAAAAAUGUACUUUAAAGCAAUGAAAGGUUAAAAUGCCGGGGGACAUAUCUGGAUUCUGGACGCAAAUUUGCAUGGUGUGAUAUUUAAAGUAAAUUAAAGUGCUCGUCCUGAAAUUUUUAAAUUGAUACCUCGAGGUUUGUAGCUGUAAGCUUUGUUAAAUAAUAAAAUAGAUUAGAAAUAGUGUUCAAAUCGGCAGGGAUUUUCCGUGAAAAUUUUAUUUCUGUAACACUGACUUUAAGUUGACCAAGACUACUCUAUUUUUAUACGUAUUUUGUUUUAAGUAAGUAUUAAGUUUCUGUACUGCAUGGUUUAUUAACAUUUGCUAUUUAUACAGGUCUCAUAUGUAUUACUUUGUCAUUUAAUAUGUAAUUAUAAUAAUUCAUUAAUGUUAUAAAGAUUUUGGAUUAAAAACGUCUUGAGAUCUUGUUACUAUUGCUUUGUGAUAAUAAUAAAUACAAGUUGAAUUUAAACGAA